AUGGCAGCUUCCUCGUAUUAUCUUAACAUUUUGCUGUCCGUUGUUCAUAAAAUUAUCAAAAUCAGAACACAAACUUCCAGUUCAUAUAACAGUGGCAGUUUCAUAUUCCGAGGGGCAACUAGAUAUCUAUUUCUUGGUCUGCAACCAAAUUAUCACCUCUUACCCUUUUACCAUAUGAAUUUUAUUUCAAGUUUUCUCCUCGUUUUCGUCCAUCUUUUCCUUCCCUUUGUUCACUCAUUUUCUUUUAACAUAACCAGUUUUAAUCCUGAUUCUAGUAACAUUAUUUAUGAAGGUGAUGCCACAGUUUCUAGUGGAGCCAUUGAACUCAACAGGUUUGAUUAUCUAUGUCGAGUUGGCAGGGCUAUCUAUGCUCACCGUGUCCCCCUUUGUGACUCUUCUACACUGGCAGUUGCUUCAAUAGAUUUGUCUGAAACUCUCUCAGAGUGGGUCAUAAUUGGAUUUUCAGCAGGUACAGGCGAGUACCCGGAGUAUAACACCAUUAAAUCGUGGGACUUCACUUCAAAUUUGGAUACCAAAGGGAAGAAGUUACAGGUUGGUUUCUGCUGA